AACCACACUCAACAACAUCAUCUAUUCUCGAGCAUUCAGCUUCAAGUACUUUUCUUCUCUCGAAAUCAUUAUGUCCGCCCACCCUGAUCCUCCGGAGCAGCGGGACUUGCACCGGAGCCUCACCGUGUUUGAGGGCUCUGCUCCGGAUGACGUUUCCCACGCCCGGCGCCUCUGGAGCGCGCUGUCCCUGCUGCCGCCGCUGGAGUCCCGGCUGGUGUCGGCUGACAUCCGCCAGAGGUUGCCGGUGUGCCGGCCGCAGCGCGGCAGAGCGUCCGCCCCGGUGCCGCAGAGCGUCUCUGCGCCUGUGCGGCAGCGGCAAGAGGAGCGGCGGCGGUACGAGGCCAUGGCCGAGCAGAGGAGGGAGAUCCUGGCUCUGCUGAGGAGGCAGAGGGAGCAGAGGAUCCACCAGAGGGCGCUGCUGUCCCAGGCCCUGAGACCCAGACUGAAGCUCCACGGAGACAAAGCGCCGAAGGUUCCAGACUGUGAUGAGAUGGACAAGCAGCUGGUCCAACAGCUGCAGUGACUUCCUGUACGUCCAACAUAAAUGAGACGAUCGCUCGCGGUAAAUCUAACAAACGCUAUUGUUCUUCUGGUGUUUAAUAAUAGUCACAGUUUAUCAUCACGACAUCAUGUCCCUGACGGUUUGUAUCGUUUAAACUUUAUAAAAAAGACUUCACGCUG